AUGUCGGUACAAGUGGAGUUCUCCUGCUUUAAGUGCGGGCGUCAUCUCCAAACAGCAUGGCCGAUGACGGCUGGCCUGCUGUGGCCCCUCUCGUAUCGUUGGAGCUGUUGGAAGUGUGAGUUCGGCUGCCGCUACAUGCUGUUUCUGAAACGGGCUGCCCUUGUGUACACGGUCUGCUUGCACGGGGAGAACUGGCGACCCGUAGUGGGAGCAAAGACGCGCGACGUGCGCUUCAACGUGCGUGAAGAAGGUACAGCCAAACGCGAAGCAGCCAGGAGCAAAGACAGCAAGGUCAGUCCUGUGGAGCUUUUCCUUCAGCUCCAUGCCAGCACCCUCGAGGCCCUCUUGCUUGGUCUUCUGCCGCGUCUGGGUCCCAUCGAUGAAGGCCAGUCCUCGGCGCUAAAGGCGGAGCUCACGGCUUCCACGCGCCACGGGGCCCUGGCAUCGGAGGCCAAGAUCGGCUUUGCUGCCCCUGGCGCGCGGGCGGGAUACACGCGGCAGCGCCUGGGCUCCCGCAGCCGGCAGUUGGGCGCCCUCUUGGCAGAGCCGUCUGCAAGCCAGCUUCUUCUCAAAGGAGUGGAGGGUACCCUGUCCGUUGCAUCCGUGGGAGGCGGCCCAGGAGAGACGGUCGUUUCACUGGCUCUUCUGAGAUCUUUGCUGGGCUCCUUUGAUCUCAACAUAGCUGUGCUGGACUUGGAACCAGGUUGGAGCGAUUGCGUAGAUGCUUUGUCCGUUGGCUGCACUUGCGGAUCCCGUAGCUUCGUGCCCGAUACAGGCUAG